GCAUAAUUGCCUUUCAAGAUGUGGUUUUCCUGGCCCGUCCAGUCGUGUUGUGACUAAGUAAGAUGGCGCCCAAGUACGCACCAGUCGUGGACGCUGCGGCGCUGCGAGAAGGGGAUUCGCCGAAGAUGCUGUGGUCCAUCAUCGGAGCUGGUAAACGGAAAGAACACCAUGUGUUUGUGGCGAAUUGUAUGGAUCUCUGUGUCAGUGCUGCUGGUGUUUCUGGUAGCAAAUUCGGGGCUAUUGCUGCUGAGGUGCCAGGAAGACGUAUCGCAACUCAAGAAGAGUGUCGACGCCCUGAGGUAGGGAGAUGGGUACAUGGGCAGGAUGGCAGGCACACACAAAACACAUUGCCUUUGUGCACAUGUGUUGGUCAGGAAUAUGCUUCUGCGACAUAGAAUGCGAUCACUCUUCCCUCCCCACCUGCAUUCCGGAGACACAAACAACAUAUUCACGUGCAACAUAUCACUCCAAGUACCCCAUACCCAGUAUCUCGACAUCUUCCUUCAUAUGUUGUGGCCAGUCCUCCACCAGCGACGCACGCACAGCGCCGGAUCGUCUCUCAAGGGCACAGGGUGCUCACUCGAAUCGGCCAAUGUGCGCGUCAAGAUGGAGCACAAGCACAACAAAAAACAGUGCAGAAAGUAUUUUACAUGGGGCCUCCACCGUCCUAAGCUGCAAGCAAUUCAGGAAGCUCUUCUGCUCAAAAGACAUCAUCUGUUGGGCGGGACGUGAGAAAUGUCAAUGAGAUUAGUCGCGGUGCAUUUCAUAUGGUGAGGGAAUUGAAGGAUGUGUCACUGUGAUGGUGGGUCGUUUGUGCACGCAAUGAGGGAAAUUUUCCCCGUUGAUACCUUUUUCGAUUCUCUUCGUAGACCAAUAUGUAGAUCGACAUAUGUAGUAGGUCUGCUGGGGGAGAAACUUGCAUUAACCGUAACACUCGUCUGUG